CUCUCGUAUCGACACAACAAAAACAAAAAAGCUGCAGAUACCUUCUUGAUCAUCACACCUUUUCCUCGCCGCUUGCAUCGAGUAAUUUGCAAGCAUCCCUCAUUUGCAUCCCUGCGCAGCCAAUCAGGUGCAAGUGCGUCAGAGACGCUCCUCUUGUAUGUCGUGCUCAACCGCAGCUUUCCCCCCCCCGGCUGUUAUUUUAACUUUCUGAGAGUAAAUGUGCUAGGACAGAGUCAUUCGUCAGUGAAUGACGGCCGGACUCCUUCAUGCAAGUCCAUUGAAGUCCAUCAAGAGUGAGGCCUAAUGGACGUCCAGCAUGGGGAGACGUUCACCUUGCACCCGACGGCGGGUGCAACAAAUGCCGACGAAUUACAGGAGGUCACAGUGAGCAAUGUGGAGGCGGCUCUCUUCCAGCUGUAUUUCGAACCAGACAUGGAGCACAAGAAUGCGGCCCAGAAGUGGCUGAGCCAGGCUCAGGCGUCCGCCCAGGCGUGGCACUUCUGCUGGGCCCUGCUCGGCCCCGACAAGCUCCCAGAGGUCCAGUUCUUUGGAGCCAGCACCCUCCACGCCAAAAUCUCCUCGCACUGGAGCGACCUGCCUGCAGACCAGCACGAGCGCCUGAGAGCGCAGCUCCUUUCGCACAUUUUGCACUUCUCCUCCGGCCCCAAAAUGGUUUUAACCAGGCUGUGCGUCGCGCUGGCCUCCAUGGCCCUAAAUUUAAUUCCCCACGUGUGGUCGCAGCCGGUCGCCGACAUAGUGCGAGCCUUUCAACCUCAGGGCCCUGAAGGCACGCAGGACCCUCAGCAGCACUGUCUGGCCCUGCUGGAGCUCCUGGUGGUGCUUCCCGAGGAGCUCCGGAGCAGCCGGCUGGCGCAGAGCCGUCGCGGCCAGCUGAGGGAGGCUCUAGCCGGGGAGUGGGGCGCCGUGUGUUCCCUUCUGCGUCAGCUCCUCCAAAGCCAGGACUCGUCCAUCCGGGUGAAGGAGAAAGUGCUCCGCUGCUUGUCCAGCUGGGUGGGACUGGAUGUGCCACUGGGGGAGACUCAGGAACUGCUACAGGAUUGUUUUGCCACUUUAUCCAACCCGGAGCUCUUUGACACGGCUGUCGAGACCAUCGUCGGUACCAUCUCGAAAUCCGACUGCCAAAGGUACGGCAAUUCUCUGUGGAGUCUAAUGCCGCUGGUGUUGGGUCUCCACGAUCAGCUGAAGACAGCAGCUCAAGACGGGGACAUGGAGACCUCACACGGCAUCUGCCGCAUCGCCGUCGCCAUGGGCGAAACACACUGCAGGGUGUUGCUGGAGCAGGUGGAGCACUGGCAACAAUAUCUGGCCUUGGUCAACAUGAUUCUGUUCUGUACCGGCAUUCCCGGCCAGUACCCAAUCAACGAGACCACCAGCUCCCUCACGCUCACUUUCUGGUACACCCUCCAGGAUGACAUCUUGUCUUUUGAGGAGGGGAAGCAGGAUAUUUAUCUGCAAGUGUACAGACCCGUUUACUUCCAGUUGGUGGAUGUACUCCUUCGCAAAUGCCACUAUCCCUCCCAGGAAGAGUACAAUUCCUGGACUUGUGACGACAAGGAGCAGUUCCGAAUCUACCGAGUGGACAUCUCGGACACACUGAUGUACGUCUACGAAAUGUUGGGAGGCGAGCUGCUCAGCGAGCUUUACGAGCGCCUGGGCAGGCAGCUGACGGAGCCGCAACGGUCGGCGCAUUGGCAGGAAACCGAGGCUUUGCUCUUUGGCUUCCAGUCCAUCGCCGAGACCAUUGAUGUGAAUUACUCGGAUGUCAUCCCGGGUCUGAUUGGCCUGAUGCCCACAAUCAACAUCACCAACGUCAUGCUGGCAGACACGCUCAUGUACACCAUAGGAUCCUUGGCCGAGUGGCUGGCGGACCACCCGGUGAUGCUCGGGGGCACGUUAGCCAUGGUGCUCCAGGGUCUCGCCAGGCCCGAGCUGUCCGUGUCCAGUGUUUCCACUCUGAAGAGGAUCUGCAGGGAGUGUCGAUACGAUCUGGCGUCCUACACUCAGGAUAUUCUUAACGUGUCUCAGGACGUGCUGCUCAAAGAUAUCCAUAAGAGCAGCCAGUGCAUGUGGCUGAUGCAGGCCAUGGGCUUCCUGCUCUCCGCUCUGCCGGCCGACAAGAUCUUGGCAAAAGUGCACUCGCUCAUCGGCCCUCACGUGCAGCAGCUGGAUACUUUGGCCAGACAACCGGCCGAUCCUGCCAGCAAACAGCCCAUCAUUCGCAUCCUGGGAAUGUUGUCCAGCCUCUUCACCGCUUUGGACGUCAAGCAACCCGCAGACGUGUUGGAGGGAGUGGCUCGCUCCGCACCAACUCACCCACAAAGCACGCUCAACCCGGUUGUGGUCGUAUUACAGCAAACAUACGCGUUGAUCCAGAACAUCCUCAGCAAAUGGCUGGAAGAUUCGGAGGUGGUCGAGGCGGUGUGUGGCGUAUUUGAUAAAUCCAUUCGAACUCUCCUACGGGAUUUCGGGCCAUUGGUGGCUCAGCUGAGUGAGACGCUGGGCCAGAUGUAUAGCGCCUUCCCGCAGGCCUCAGCGUUGGACCUGGCGUCUCAGAUGGUUCACAUCUUUGCUGGAGAGCACCACCACUUGACAGCCAUUAAAAGCCUGGUUGAAGUGCUUACCGCUUCCACGCUAGCCAUAUUUCCACAAGGCAUCAGGGAUCAUCCUGACGUGGCAGAGUCCUUCAUGUACCUUCAUGCUCAGAUUCUUAAAAGAAAACCCGAGUUGUAUCUGGAAUGGGAUCGUCUGGACGCCAAUGCGCUAUUUCACUGUGGAAUUGUGUCACUUCAAUUUCCUGAAACAUCCACAGUCAAAGCUGCCAGCCACUUCUUUAACGAGUGGUUCCCUCGAUGUCAAGACGUGCCGCCUCUUGGCGAGGUGCUGCAGAGGGACGGCAAGCUCCUUACAGAGAGCAUCCUGCACGCGGUCGGUGGCGGCUCCCCUCGUAGUCUGACUGAUCAUUUCUCUGAGGUGCUUCUGAGUCUGAGCAGACAUUGUCCGCAUCUGCUAUCCCGGUGGCUCCAAGAAGUUCUGCAGUCACCGGGUUUCCCGGCAGCACACGUCUCCGCUGAACAGAAACGCGACUUCACCCAGAAGCUCCUCAGGGAGCAGAGCAACAAGCGUCACGUGAAGGAGACAGUGAAGGAGUUCUCUCUGCUUUGUGGAGGCCUGCAGGGGUCCGGACGCCACUAGCCCACGUUUCCUCCCGCAAAUCCAAAGAUUGCAAGUCAGAGCAAAAUCCAACAUGAAAUGCUAAACAAUUGUGUUAUCGUUUUGCACCUUCUCACAGCCCCGACAAAGAAACACAUACAGACUUGUUCUCUGAGUUCUUUUAAAAAUGGAUGUCAGUUUUUCAACAUGUAUAUCUCUGCUGACGGAUGAUGAAAUAAAAACAAAACAUGAUUUAA